AUGGAAGACACACCAGUCAAUGCGGCCCACGCUUUCGCAAAUGCAGCCGAAGAGUUGGAGGAAAAAGAACAAUGGGCUAAAGCAAUGGAAGCUCAUUUUCGUGCUGCUGAACAAUUUUUAUUAGCAAUGAAUUAUACAUCGGAUCCAGAAGUAAGGAACUUAAUACGGACCUUAAAAUUACUUUACGCUAAUCAUACUAGACAAGGAAAAGAAUCGCAACGACGUGUACAACAAGUCAAUCAACGAAUGCAACCAAAGCAAACAACACAGGCGCAUCUAAAAAAUCCUUCUCAUGUUAAGAAAUCAUCCACUCAAUCAAAAUCGAACGCCGCUUCCUCACAAUCAAAGAAUGAUUCGAAUUCUGAGAAACAAGAAUCUCAUCCUACUUCUUAUAUAAGUUCUCGAAAUACAAAUGAAAGAUUUACAUCAAGAUCUGGGACUAAUAAAUUAUCAAGUGAUUCAAAUUUAAAACGAAAUCCCGCUUUGUCAGAUUCAACUAUUUCUAUAGGUGUGACAAGAGACACACCAAGUGUCUCUUUGGAUACAUCAUCAAUUACAGAUAAGACAAUAGAUGAAUCAUACAUGUUGUUACGAGGAAAUAAUGAUCCAACAGAUGAUGACGAUUCAGAUCCUUUCAACAAAUUUUGGGGAAUUGUUGAGUCUUUAGUUUCAAAGAUCUCAAAUCCUGUAGCUUUCGCAACAGUACCACUUAACGGAACUGACCCUAAUAUUCUCUUUGAUCCCAAUACCAUACCACCUCCUUUACCAUUUGGUUUUGGUAAUGGUGCAGAUGUUAGUAACGAUUCUAAAGUGGAUGAAUUAAGUGCCGCUAUGAUGGAAUCAUUCUUUAUCAUACCGAAUGAACAAAAACCAUCUUUAAGAAAUGAAAGUCAAAGUCAUCAACGAUCCUCCUCUUCAAGAAUGAAUCCUUCAUCCGGAAAAAUUGAAAGUAAAAAUAUUUCGAAUAAAACUUUAGAGGAGCUUUCGUUGGAAAACAAACAGCUUAAAUCUAUAUUAGAUACAAUGUCUAAACGAAUGUUAGCUUAUGAAAAGGCCGCCGAAGAGAAUAGUAUGUUAAGAAGUAGUAUUCUACAAUUUAAAAAUGAUUUUCAAAAACAGGCAAAGCGUAUCAAAGUUAGUCAAGAAAUGUUGCGUUCAACAUCCGUAAUGAAGACUUCACCUGAAAGUUCAACAAUAAAUAAUGUUCAAUAUCUUCAAAAACGUGUGAAAGAACUUGAAGAAGAACUUCGCUUUGUAAAAUCUGAGAAAGCUCUUAUGAAGAGAUAUAAAGAACGAUGGGAUAAAUUAACUGAAUCGGCAAAAGCGAAGAAACGAAGGGAAAACAAUAAUAAGCAAGGAGAUUCUGCAACUCCUCAUCAAAUUACAGAAAAUUUAGAAAAUUUCAAACCUUCAUCCUCUCCUAAGAAAUUAUCUAAUUCUAAUACUACAGAUUUAAUUCAACAACCUCAAACCGAUCAGAAUUUAUCAUCACCAACUUUAUAUCCAAGAACACCUCAAUUAAUUUUACCAUCUCCUAGCGAACAAGCUGCUCAAUCACCCGAAACAACUCUUCCCUUUGCAAUUCAAAAACCAACUUUUUCGGGAGAUGAUACUUCGCCUUCUAGCUCUAUGAUGACAGCUUUGACCAGUGCUCAGAGCAUAUAUGAUUAA